AUGUCUAUCGUUGCAAUCACUGAGGCCUCGUCCUCAAGUUUAAGUUCAGCCGACCUACAUGAACUUGCAGUUCAAUUGGGCAUUGAGAUCUCCAACAGUAAAGAUUUGGAUGAUUAUCUCUUGUUAUUGAAGUCCUUUGAGGUAGUUUUGAAGAAAAUCGAAGAUGGGCAGGACUACGUCCAUCCAUCAUUGAAGCCUCAAGCCGUAUGUACUAGUCGGCAAUUUUGGAGACCUGGUGCCCAUGAGAACCCGUUCAAUGCCUGGAGCCAUCGGUGCGAACUUGUUUCCACCAACCCAAGCAGUGACGUCCUGAAAAAUCGCACCAUAGCCAUCAAGGACAACAUAUCGGUUGGCGGGCUACCUACGACACUCGGGGCGCCUUCGACAGCACAAUCGGCGAAUCAGAAGCGUGAGCUGUCUGGCAUUGAUGCUACAGUGGUAUCUCGAAUUCUUGAAGCUGGUGCAGUAAUCAAAGGCACGUCUACUUGCGAGUGUUUCUGCGCCUCUCCUUUGUCAUUCACGUCAAAUACGGGGCCGGUGCACAAUCCACGGCUUCACGGGUUCACCGCUGGGGGGAGUAGUAGUGGUUCUUGUGUCCUUGUUGCUGCUCAUCUUCUCGCUUCCGAAUCUAAUGAACACUGUGGUGAGACGGUGGAGCUAGCUAUUGGCAGUGACCAAGCAGGCUCUGUCCGCAUACCAGCUUCUUUCAAUGGGAUCUACGGACUCAAGCCCACUUUUGGCCUGAUACCGUACACCGGGGCGGCUUCCAUGUCUCCGAUGAUAGAUCAUAUAGGUCCCUUGGCCUCUCGACUCGAAGACAUUGCGAUCUUGCUCGAAGUAAUGGCGGGCUACGAUGGGCUUGACUCCCGGAUGAGCCCUGAGGCCCCUCUCCGAAACGGAGUGAAGCCGUAUUCGAGGAUCCUAGCAAACUUCCGGGGGCAAUGCCAGUUGGAACCUAAAACGAAGCUAAAAUGGAGCGUCGGCCUACUGAAAGAAUCCUUUGAGAUGGACGGGGUUACUCCCGAGGUUCGCAGAAUAGUCCACGAAGCUGCAACACGAUGCUUUACGGCCGCCGGCGUAACUGUUAAAGACAUAUCAGUUCCAAUGCAUCGAGACGGGCCAAUUAUUUGGACUGCAUCAACGCGGCCAUCCAUGUCUGGUCCGCUCUGCCAGGGGAAGACACCUGGAUAUCUCUCAUUUAUACCUACGCAUCUCAAACCUCAAUGGCCGCCCUCCCAAGGCUUGUAUGAGGCAAUGACCAAACUGAACCCGGCUUUGGUUAACAUUUGGUUCAGCGAGAAGUAUACGGAGAAGUUCUCGACUCCGGCGGUACAGGUUAAAGCCCAUCGAAAAGUUUUCGAGCUGCGGGACGCAUAUGACCGAGCACUCAACGAAGUUGACGUUCUCAUCACCCCUUGCGCCCCGACAGUAGCCAUGCCGCAUCCCAAAGCAGCGGAGAGUGAGGACCAGUCAGCUUCUAUCUUGGAUCGACUCGCUACUGCGGUUGGAAUUACGAGCAAUACUUGUCCGUUCAACGUGACAGGCCAUCCUGGGCUAAAUGUCCCUUGUGGGUUCGCAAGUGUGCCGAAUCAUCCAGAUAUUCAACUUCCAGUCGGCAUGCAAUUAGUUGGGAGGAGAUGGAUGGAUGAGCAACUGUUGCAGGUAGCGGCACUAUUUGAAAAAGGAAAGGAACUUUGUUCAUAG